UCUUUGUGAUUAUGCUUAAUGUUUACUACGACUGCAAUUUUCAUCUGGUUUUCGGAAACAUAUUUUUGUUAAGUUAAUACGAAUAGAAUAGUGAAGUAAUUUAAUUAUUCGAUACCAUAACAACGCCAUUAUUUGUGGUAUUCAAUAAAUGACGCAGUUCGAUGUAUCUUGAUUUAUCCCACUUACAAACAGCUGUUACGUCGUCACGCCUUUUGCAUAAAAGACUAGGACUUUAGUACAUACAAGGGCAAACAAGUAGUUCAAUAAAUAAAAAUGGAGUUGAAAAAGACAAGAUGGAUGGUGACAGAAUGAUUAAAUAUGAAAUGAAAACCCAUAUUGCUUUUUAAAGACCAAGCAAUCCCAUAAUGUUUAAUUUGUAAAGUACAAGUGCCAUUUCGUUCUAUCUAGAACAAAUCUUGACUCAGAUUACAAAGUCGAAGAGAACUGUUAUAAUAGAAGCAUUUAUUUAAUCUCAAGUGUAAACAAUUAUCAUGAACCCCUCUUUAGUAAUUAAGCAGGGGACAACUAGUGGACAAUCUGGCAUGCAACCUGGAAUGGUCACAGUACCAAUUACUGUCAGUUCAAGCAUGUCCAAUACCAUCCCUAAUGCUCUAACAAUGAACAAACAAGGACAAAAUGUUGUGGUCACCACACAAAACUUGGGAUCAGCUCAACCCACCAUUUUACCUAAUGUACAAAUAUUAAACAUGAGACCUGAAGCACCUUCAGUUGCAGCACAGAAGUCUGUAGCUACAGUAUCACCGAGGGUUGUGAUUGGUACACAACAAGUAGUCGGAGCCAGAGCUGUAGCUCCUGGUAUUACAUUGCAAGCACUGCAAAGUCUACAACAAGGGCAACAGGGCCAUUUGUUGCUGAAGACUGACACUGGUCAAUACCAGCUGUUGAGAGUUGGCCCUGCGCCCGCAGCCAAUACCCUGGCUGCACCACAACCGCAGACUUUGCGGCUGUCCACAGUGCCUGCACACCCCGGUGUGGCUACGGUAUCCACUAGUAUUGCAGCACCAGCCCAAAUGCCUACACAAAUACAGCAAGGGCCAUCACAAGCGGCUGUGUCUGCAACUAUGCAAUCUGCAACUCCGCCACCACAGCCACCAACUGUCACCACUCAAAAGCCAUCAGAUAAUACAAAGGAAAAGUGCCGUAACUUCCUUGCAAAUUUACUAGACCUGUCUAGCAAGGAACCUAAAUCUGUUGAAACAAAUGUGAGGAAUCUCAUCCAAGAACUAAUAGAUGCUCAAGUGGAGCCUGAAGAGUUCUGUAAUAGACUUGAACGUUUGCUAAAUGCAAGUCCUCAACCUUGCUUGAUUGGAUUCUUAAAGAAAAGCUUACCGCUGCUUAGACAGUCAUUGGUUACCAAAGAAUUGGUCAUUGAAGGUAUUAACCCACCUGCACCUCAUGUCGCGUUCUCUAAUAUUCCAGCCCCAACACAACAAGUUGUAAGUACUUCAAAUGUUCAAAUGCAAAAACCUGCUCCAAAAGUAGGUGGAACAAUUGCAGUGCUGCAGAACAUACCUGUGCAUACUAAAAUAAAUGUGGGCAAAGUUGGGAAAACAGUGGGUGUAGGUAACAAAGCCAAUUUCCCACGCCCUGGGUUGUCAUCUGCUGCACUAUCCACUGUUAUUACACCUGGACAAUCCCUUUUGAAGGAAAAAGAAAAAAGAUCCUCCAUGCCCUUUAAUCCCCCACAAUUUGAUGACAAGAUGGCUGGGGAUGAUGACAUAAAUGAUGUAGCCGCCAUGGGUGGAGUGAAUUUAGCCGAGGAAAGCCAAAGAAUCCUUGGAUCAACUGAAAUGAUUGGAACACAGAUAAGGUCAUGUAAAGACGAUUUCUUGGUACCGAUGCAUUUGAUGCAAGCUAGAGUGAAGACAAUUUGUGCGAGGCAUGGAUUAGACGAACCAGCUCCUGAAGUAUCGGCUCUCUUGUGUCAUGCACUUCAUGAGAGGCUUAAGACUAUUGUGGAAAAGCUAGCAGUUAUUGCGCAGCAUAGAAUCGAUCUCAAUGUAAAGAUGGACAAUCGUUACGAGAUUUCCCAAGAUGUGAAAAGUCAGAUAAAAUUCCUUGAGGAAAGAGAUCGUGUCGUAAAGAAGAGAUGCGAGGAUACAGAGCGUGAGUUGUUACUUCGGGCUGCAAAGUCCCGAUCAAAGACUGAGGAUCCUGAGCAGGCGAAACUUAAAGCAAAGGCCAAAGAAAUGCAGCGGGCUGAGUUGGAAGAGGUACGUCAGCGAGAAGCCAAUCUGACAGCUCUGCAGGCUAUCGGCCCGCGUAAAAAGCCGCGACUUAAUGAAGGUGCCGGGGGUUCGGGAGAUAAUGCUUCUACCAAUAGUGGUCAAAGUUCGAGUGGCAUGAGCGGCCGCGGUCAGAUGGCGCUGCGUACUCGUAUUAAGCGUAUUAACCUUCGCGACAUGCUUUUCCUUUUGGAACAAGAAAAGGACACAGCACGUUCACUUCUGCUGUACCGUAGCUAUCUUAAGUAAAUUGUACUCCCACAUCCAAAAUAUAUUUGAACAAACUUAAUUGUUCUGAUUUAUAUAAUUUUCCAUAUUUAACUAUGUAGUAAUCAGCUUUUCACUUUAUAAAUGUAAGUCCAUAUAAUCUUUUAUAUUCAUAUUCCAACAUUGUAGGUUUUAGGUUGUAGGCAAACAUAGUGAUUUUGAUAACUUCUUUAUUUGGUAUGUAUAAGUUUAAAUGGCUGAAUACUGAAACAUUUCAAUAUUCCAAAGGAUUUUAUUGACAAGACCACAAUCAAAUACCAAAUUCCAUUUAAAGUGUUAUCCAGAUUGUAAGCAGCCUUUAUAAAGUUGUAGUUAUUUCAGUAUUCAGCUUUAAUUAAAUUAAUUGUUACUUUUAAGAUAAACAUUAAGAUUUUAUUGCACCAUGAAAAAUAAACAGCUGAAACUCUGUAAUCAUUAAAAAACAUAUAUUCUGCAAUUAUAUCAUAUUCCAUAUCGUAAUUUUAAUUAAUAAGUCAUUAUAUUCAUCAUAUUUCAUUAAUAGUUUAAGUGAAAUUACUCUUGCUGUAUUGAUAUUCUUUAUUUCGAACUGUAGAAACUUCUAGAAGCAAAAGUUUUGGCGAUCAAAAACAUUGAUUCAUCAUAUUUCUGUUCCAUUAUUGUUAUGUUUUUCUAUUGGUUAGAUUUGUUUGUUGUAUGAAAUUCCAAUGGAGCUGAUUUAUAUAGGUUUAAUCUUUUUUAUUUGUAAUGGUCUUGUAUUCAAUACAAUUUCUAUUUCUAUGCUAUAUUUAAUAUUGAGAUAUAAGCUUGAAAAUGUAUAAGAUAUUCAGUUGCAUAAAUAUAAUUUCCAUAAAUAUAAGUACUUCUUUGUAA